AUGGCGCACUUGUACGUCAUGAAACCACUGUAUGACCCGAGUUCGCCUGCGCUCGCCGUAAAUCCUGAAGGUCCUGUGUCCGAGGAAGGUGAGAUACGAGAGCAGAGUGAGACCGCAACCUCCGAGAAUUACAUACACGAUACGCGCCGGCAGUUGAUACAGUCUUACCAACCCAUUGAAGUCGAUCAUCAAGUCGACCAGUGUCGAGAGCCGACUGGCGCCAACAAGCAGCCGAUAGGCAUCAAGAGCGAACCACCAGCUGCUCAAUGUGAUCUGCCUGUAGGCGACUCCCCGUCCCUCCUGCGUAUCGAGACUCCUGCGCCUCUUCCGCCGCUGGUGGGAAACAAUGCACAUGAGUUGAGGUAUCCGGUCGAGCGGUAUUUUCCUCCAGCCGGGAUAUACUAUGAUCAGCUCGCUCUACCCACUGUCUUUGGCACCCGCUUCUUCAGGCAGGAGUGCUGUAAAGUCUGUUGGAAAGCGCAUUCCAUCCGCGCGGGCGGUUCAGCAACGUCUUGCGGAAAGAAAUGCCAGGUCUGUGGAACAGGCCGCCACAAGCAUGAGAGCUGUCCACUAUUAUAUUGCACCGCUCAAUGGUACCAGGGACACAGCAUUCCACACCACCCAAAGACCCUCCAAGACCGACAGAUACGUCCUGAAGAUCGAGAGCUGGCCAUAUUGUGUGACAUUGGUGUCCUGGACAGAACACGCGGCCCCAACGGUAUCAUAAUCGCAAAGCCAGAUCAUCCAGUUGUGAAAGCCUUCUAUAACGGCCGACCCAACCCACAGGCGAUGACAGCCAGGAUCAUGGAUACGGAGCGAAGACCCCGCUCAGUAUUCAUUACCACUGCCGAACGAUCCUUGUUCGUCCCAAAUGUCCAAUCUCAACAGCCGCUCCCACUGCCAAAGCGCCCAUUCAAUCUACCAACGAUGACCGUCAAUAACAGUCUUGAUCCUCGGCUCCAAGACCCUUGUACUCUCACGUUUCCAGCUCAACACGAGAGUAUUAAACAGGAGAUCGUGAUGGAUCACAACGAUAUAACCACGACCAGCCUACCAGAUACUGAAGACAAGCUUGAAGAGCAGGGGAUAGAGAUUCUGAAGUUAAAAAUGGAGGCUGCUAUUAAAGAUCGUGAGGUUCGGAAGCUCAAGGCGGAGAAUGAUGCGCUCAAGAUGGAAAUCGAGAAGCUAGGCAUCUAUCCCAUCAGCACCGGCGGCACCUUCGAGACUGGGAGCAAGCGGCCGCGCUCCUACUUUUAG